GUAUGACCAAAAACGUGCAGUUUGACCACAAAUAGCCAACCAAUCUUGAUCAGUUUAACCUAAUCACCAUUUUCUAAGAACAUUACUAGCUCAUCUUCUUCACAACAAACCAAAUCAAAUACACAAAAUGGGCAAGAAAAUCUCUUCUUUUUUCUUUUUCUUCUUCACCAUUUCUUCAAUCUCAGCCUCCCCUUCAUGUCCUAUAGAUUUCACCUAUGUUAAAACGACACCAUGGGACGCCUCCGGUUGCCGGAAACCAGACCAAGGACACUGUUGCGUGACUCUUCUAAGCUUAUUCGGCAUGGGAUUAGCUCAACAUCUAAGAGAGACAACCAUGUUUCAACUUGCCAACGCAACUAUUCAAUCUUCCUGCUUAUCAGUUUUUCAAUCCAAUCUUUCUGCCAUGUCAAUAGAUUCGUCGCUAGUUCCUACUUGCUUUAACAACCCGGCCCAGUUCGUGGCUAAUGCUUCUAGUUGCGUCGGAAUAUUCACGACGCAAGAUUGGACUGAAAAAAUUGGUCCCAUGACAACUCUACAAACAUCUUGUAAAGAUGACGUUUCAGGAUUAACACAGUGCAGUUCUUGUCUUGAAGCUGGACAAAAGGUGACUUCUCAGUUGACAAUGAUCGACCCGAAUAGAACAUCAAAAUGUUUUUACUUUACUUGUUUAUACGCUGCCGCUAUUGUUAAUGAGCUCGGUCCGAUGGAUCCCACUACUGCCGGCUGCAUCCUCGGUUUGCCGUUGACGUCAGGUUCAACGUUAAUCAAAAAAUCAUCGAAUGACUCGAACAAAGAUAAACGGUUGAAGUUACUUUUCGGAUUAUCCGGUGGUGUUAUCGGUGCUUUUCUUGCUUUCGGACUAAUUAUAUGGUACAGACGCCGCGAGAUGAAUCGGAGAAAACAUAACGCUUCCCACGAAGAAUACGUAAGCAGUUUCCGGGCAAGUGUGUUGCCCAACUCCGGCGCAAAAUGGUUUCAUUUCUCAGAGCUUCAAAGAGCCACCAACGGAUUUUCGCAGAAGAAUUUCAUCGGACAAGGUACGUAUGGACUCGUAUACAAAGGGAUUUUAUCGUCAGACGGAAGUGUGGUUGCGGUGAAACAAAUGCAAGAUUUGGAUUACUCACAAGGAGAUGAAGAAUUCACUAAUGAAGUAGAAAUCAUAAGCAAAGUAAGGCACAAAAAUCUUCUUUCGCUUCGAGGCUGUUGCGUUACAAGCGAUCAUUUAAAAGGUAAACAAAGAUAUCUUGUGUACGACUUCAUGUCUAACGGUAGUAUUAAUGACCAUUUAUCGAGUCAAAAUAGCCGGAGAGAGCUUACUUGGCCAGCAAGAAAGAACAUUGUUCUCGAUAUAGCUAAAGGACUAGCUUACUUGCAUUACGGCGUAAAACCUGCAAUUUAUCAUCGAGAUAUUAAGUCGACAAAUAUUUUAUUAGACAAAGAAAUGAGAGCAAAAGUUGCAGAUUUUGGAUUAGCAAAGCAAAGUUUAGAAGGUCAAUCGCAUUUAACAACAAGAGUAGGAGGAACACAUGGUUAUUUAGCACCAGAAUACGCUUUAUAUGGACAAUUAACAGAGAAAAGCGAUGUUUAUAGCUUCGGAAUUGUGAUUCUUGAGAUAAUGAGCGGAAGAAAAGUUCUCGACACUUCGAAUUCGACCACGUCGUUUCUUUUGAUAACGGAUUGGGCAUGGACGCUAGCGAAAUCAGGAAAGAUUGAAGAAAUAUUUGAUGAAUUUAUAAAAGAGGAAGGACCAAAAGGAAUAAUGGAGAGAUUUGUUCUUGUGGGGAUACUUUGUGCUCAUGUAAUGGUGGCAUUUAGACCAACCAUUGCUGAUGCUCUUAGAAUGCUUGAAGGUGAUAUUGAUAUACCUAAAUUACCUGACAGACCAAUGCCGCUUAGCCAUGAAUCAAUAUUUAGAUCUUCUUUGUAUGAUAGCUCAACUGGUCAAAGUUCGAGAGCCAGCAUUUCCAGUACAAGCACAGUAUAGAUCAUAUAGUAUUAGUUUUCUUUGUUUUUAUAGCCACCUUCAAGUUUACAUGUCAAUUUCAAAAUAUUUAAAGAUGCCUACCACGAUGUUUUUUUUUUUCUCUCA